GCAGCCUGAGCAGGAGCUAGGAGAAGGGAAGUGUUGUGCUCUUCACACUGCAGGGAAAGCCUCUCUGCAUAAACUCUGAUUACAGGAUAUUAACAUCCCACAGCAAGUCAUCAUUUCAGCCUAAAUGUUUGUGGAAGAAAUAAGUGAUAAAUGAAACUGGAUGAAAUUAAAUUUUACAUAUGUUCAUUUGGGACCCUGAUGAGUGAUACACAGGAAGAAACAGAAGAUGGUGAAUUUCACAGAGAAUGCAACUGAGAAGUGCACUAUUAAUCAUGAUAUCCAUCAGACAUUAUCCCCUGUGGUAUACAUAUUUGUAUUUAUAUUAGGCUUGCCUGCUAACUGCCUGUCACUGUACUAUGGGUAUUUACAGAUCAAGGCUAAAAAUGAACUGGGUAUCUACCUUUGCAAUUUGACAGUAGCAGAUCUGCUUUAUAUAUUUUCUUUGCCUUUCUGGCUUCAGUAUGUUUUACAGCAUGACAACUGGACCUACAAUGAGCUGCUGUGCAAAAUUUGUGGCAUCCUCUUGUAUGAGAAUAUCUAUAUCAGUGUGGGCUUCCUCUGCUGCAUCUCCAUUGAUCGCUACCUCGCAGUAGUGCACCCUUUUAGAUUUCAGCGGUUUCGGACAAUGAAGGCUGCUGUGAUUGUGAGCAUCGUUAUCUGGACCAAGGAAAUAAUGACAUGCUGCUUUGUCUUUACACAUGGAGAGAUCAGUAUGGAUGCCGAAAGCCACGUAGUGUGCUUCGAGCACUACCCUAUCAAAGAGUGGGAGCACAAUGUCAAUUACUACCGUUUCUCUGCUGGCUUCCUUUUCCCCUUCUUUCUGUUGGCCUUCUCUUACUGUGGGAUUUUAAGAGUGGUCCACAAGAGUCAUGGCACUCAAAAGAAGAAGAAAAUCCAAAUUAAACGACUAGUUUCGAGCACUGUUCUAAUUUUUUUAGUUUGCUUUGGACCAUACCACAUCCUGCUUGUGGUGCGCAGCUUGCUGGAAAACAACUGCUCCUUUGCUGAGAAAAUAUUUAAUAUUUACCAUGUUUCUCUCCUGUUGACUACUUUUAACUGCAUUGCUGAUCCAGUAUUGUACUGUUUUUCCAGUGAAAGCACUUACCAGAACUUUGCCAAGAUGCGAGACUCUUGUUUAACAUUUUUAGGGUGUCUGAGGACUGAGACAAAGGAAUCCUAUCCACUGAAUGCUCCAGAAACACCCAGCAGGCCACAGCAUGAGCAACAACCAGGGUCGUUACAGGUAUCACGUGAUGGUACUGGAAUGAAGGACUCCUCCGUAACUAUCAUGGGCAGCCUAUAGCACUCAUCAGAAAAGGACAUUAAUCUAAAGUCUGCAGCUAUGUUUGUGUUUGUGUAUCCAUCUGUUUAUCUAUGCAUUACAACAGCAAUAGCUCCCAAAGGCUUAUUGAGAGUCCAGCACAGUGAGUUGGUUUCUGGAGGUGCUCUGAUCUUGUCAAUAGUGAGGAAAAUGCACACUAAGUCAGUUCAGUUUACCAUCAUGUGUCUGUUGUCACUGUGGCACCAUUUAAAACCUGUUGUCUUGGUGACUGCAUUGACUGGA